AUGAGCGACUUUGAUACAUACUGCGCCAUCUGCGGCGGCCCUCUCAAUGAGGUCAAGAUCGGCUCGACCGCGCCCAGCCAUCUGCGACGGCGACGCGAAAUCGUCGCCCGGAAGCGAGACGCUUUGAAGCGAAUCGAUUCGCAUGAUGGAAGGGGUUCGCAGCGCAAGGACAAAGAAGAUGACGUGCAUGACGAGGAGCACGAGGAGAGCGCGGAAGGGGAGGAGGAGUGGUUUGCGGGCCACGAAGGCAAAUCCUACGACCCGGGACUCAUCAGCAGGCAGGGUCUAGCAUGGCUCCAAGAGAUUUGCUGUCUGGGCCUCAACUUAGAGGUGAAUGGCGAGUCUAAUUUUCGCAACUACCUCAGAAACAGCGACAAUCCGGCCUUUCCCUUCCACCACGGAUGCCUUGACAUCCUCACCCAAGUUCUAACGGGCAGCACGGACGCCGCCAACCUUAACAAGGACGCACUUUACGAUGCCAUGUCCGGACUCCACGACGUUUCCAAGAAAUGGCCCAUUGGCCAGUGUUUGAAUCUCGAUUACGGCAACGUUGAAGGACGAGACCGUCGUUGGCGGUCAAUUCCAGGCGAAGAGUUCUCUGUAACAGACCCUGCCCCCACGGCCGAACUUGCCAAGACUCUGAGGCGUUGCAUCAUCGAGCAUGGAUUUGGAAUCGGACCGGAUAGCCUGGGGUCUGUUAUCCCACGGCAACCCCAGGUGCGGGAUCCUUUCUCCCGGCUGCCCGUCGAGAUCCUGCAAUACAUCUUCCGCUUCCUUCCGGGCCACGAUCUACUGGCUGUCCUGAAGGCAUCAUGGAUUGCGUUUCUCGCGACUCGCUCGAACCAAUUCUGGAAGCGGUUCCUCAAGCAGGAUAUGCCGUGGCUGACAGAACUCUGGCCGCUGCUCGAAGACUACACGCAGGGAGGAGACCACGAGCUCAAUUACAGGGCUCAGUACCUGUGGCUGGACCACGCUACUCUGCCGAGGUACGGCCUAGACGGGCCUUUCCUUGCCCUCGCAAACAGAAGGCGCAUCUGGGGCGUGUGUGAGCAGCUGGCCCUACCUUACUUCCGUCAUCUUCAUGCGAAGCCCUUGGGCGAGCCCGAUAGCAGGAUGGUUGAGGCCACCUUCUGCCGCCAUAUGGCUAUCGAAUCAGACAAUAAGCCAGGAUGCGAUCCCUCAGCCUCUCGAAAAACUUUCUUUGCGCACUCGGUGGACGAGCUGGACAGCUGGCCGAUGAAUCUCGAAUUCUUCUGGGGGAAGAAUCACCGACUCGUCGGCCUGUGCGCCAUAAUCUGCAAGCAGAGGCGUGUUUUUGGGCUCGAUGGCGAGGUAAACCCUGACGUCACCAAGUCAGCGCUGCGCAUCACGGCCGGCCUCCGAAUUACCGAGAUCCAGCUGUUUAUUGAGACCGCGGAUCCCAACAAGUCUCCGACGGCAUCGCCUGGCAUAGUUUCCCUCAAGGUAAUCACCAGUGUCGUUCUGUGCAUGCUGGAUCGGUUCUACCCCGACUGGGAGACUCGUCUUGGCGUCUUCACGGCUCUCACUGUCUCUCCGGGGGCACGUUCUGGCGAUCAGGAUCAGAACAAGCAAGGGCCACGAGCUGACCGUCGGUCAGGAUAA